CCAUGAACGGGCUGCGGGGCUGGUGCGCGGUGCUGGACGUGCGGCCCCACGGCGAGAGCUCGGACAACUUGAAGGUGCUGAGGUUGACUCUGCCAAACGACCUUCCGGGCGAUCGAUGUGAGCAGGUGAAGCAGAAGCCCGUAGGAAAGGCCUUCGCCAUGGUGGCCAACAGAUCGAGCAACGGUCACUCCCUGGCAUCCGAACGCAUCAAAUCCAACGAUGGCGACGAGGAGAUCAUUAAGGUUUAUCUCAAAGGACGGGCUGAGGGCGGCGUGAAUCACGAAGAGCACGUCAACCAGCUGAAAAGCGAAGUUCGUUACAUUCAAGAGGCUAGAAGUUCUUUGAAGAAGCUGCGGGAAGACUUAAGUAGUAAACUUGAGAACAGACAAGGAGAUAAACAACCUGCACAGGUCGCGUCGGACAAGCCCAACGGAAGCUGGCCGUACCCUGAGAGGCUACGGGCCGACUCCUGGGAGGAUCAGGAGGAGGAUUAUCUAGGAGACGAUGUAGAGAAAAUCCGACAGACGGCAAAGAGGCUGUUCGCGAAGCUGCAGGAGGCUGAGAAGUGCCAUCAGCUGGAGAAGAAGGCCUUUGAGCGGACGGUCUCGCAGUACCAGGAGGAAGUGGAGCAAACAACCUCUGCCUUGCGGAAAGCGGAGAAGAGCGUGGUGGAGAAGGAGGUGCAGGUGGAGGAACUCCAGAGACUCCUGGCAGGGAUGGAGAAGGAGCACGGGAGUUUGCUGCUGAAGAUGAAAGAAGGCGAAGCCGAGCUGGCGAGGCUGAGAAGCGUGGAAGGUGACAAGCUCGCCGAACAAGACCGGUCAGCCAAGCUAGAGAAGGAGGUGGCCAUGCUGCGGGAGAAAAUACACCAUCUGGAUGACAUGCUGAAAAGCCAGCAGCGCAAAGUCCGCCAGAUGAUUGAGCAGCUCCAGAACUCCAAAACGGUGAUUCAGGCCAAAGAUGCCAUGAUCCAGGAGCUCAAGGAGAAGGUUGCUUACUUGGAGGCUGAGAACCUGGAGAUGCACGAUCGUAUAGAGCACUUGAUUGAGAAGCAAGUCAGUCGAGGUGGCCACAGCUCCCGGGCACGCUCAAAAUCGGAGUAUGUGAGCAGCAAACAGGUGACGGGCCCUAAGCCGCUGCCUCUCAUUCGAGUGGUGGAAACAUGAGUUUCGAGGGCCGGUCCAAGUUUGAAGACUCUCCCCUUGUUAUCAUUGACUGGACUUCCCUGCUUGGCUGCUGUUCUCUGGCCUCUGCGCUCACAGUCUCCCCUGGACCUGUCAGUGGAGGGCAGCGCCCCUGGAGAACGGUGGCACACUAGGACAAUGGUUGCUGGGGAGGUCCUGGCAGAGGAAGGAGGAUUAGGAAGUGUCCACAAUGCUGUCCCUUGCUGGGUCCCAGGGUUAUGUGGAUGCCAGUUUGGUGGAGACUGGCUAGAGUGGCUGGGACCAGCUGGCUCUGGUGUGAACCACGCAGUUCUCUACCUGGAGAGCCCAGCUCGCUUUCCCUGGUAAGUCCUGGGUUUGCCUCAGUGGCUCUGUGAGCAGCCUUUGUUUCUGAAGGGCCUCAUCCAAACAGAGUCCUCUCCCUUGCCAACAUGGACUUGGGGUUUAACCUUUUUUUUUUUUUUUUUGGGGGGGGGGGAGGGGGAAUCACUCUUACAAAGAAGAAAUCCUCCUGAAACUGGACUCCUUCCUGUAAAAAAGCUCAAUGUGUGACAAUUUGGGAGCCUCCACCUCUGAUCUCCAGCACAUCUGGCUGCUCCAGACUUGGCAGAGGCUCACAUGGCCAAAAUCAGUGUACCGAUGCUCUUUGCCCAGUCCUCCAGACCCUUUCUUAUGGGAGCAGAGAAAUUGUACCCAGUGUACAUGUCUAGUGUCUAAACCCAGAGGCUGCCUAGUUUGUACCUGUAUUUAUUUCAAUAAAUUAUUGGUGUCUUCCAAUGAUGUGGCAACAGGCAUAAUUGCUGCUGUCCCACUCCAAGGGAGCAUAUUUGAGAACUGCCUGUCCCAUGUUUGAACUGGAAAAUACCAACCAGCUUCCUCUGGGCUUGCGAGUUAUGAGCUGGUCUAGUGUGUGUGUGUGUGUGCGUGUGCGUGCGCGCGUGUGUGCCCAUGCUUAGUAAAGGAGCUUGGGUAAAUCUAGAGGAACGUUGUCGGUGUUCUUACCUACCGGAGAGGUGAGACAACGUGCUGUAAACACACCUUGUAACUUUUGCUACCAAAACCAUGUAUGCCUUAAUCUGUCAGCCUGUAGCCAAUUGAAUAUAUGAUGUUAACAGUGCAUGUACACUGGGAUGCGG